AGCCGGGGCGCGGCCGCGUUCGCCCGAUGCGUCCUGACGCCCCCGCGCGCCGGCCAAUCAACGCCCUCGUUCGCACUGCGUGAUGACGUCACGUAGGGCUGGUAUAUAAGCCGUCGGCGGCAGUCCCGCCCCCCUGACAGCGCCUCGAGCCGCCGCCGCGAGAGCAUCCUCCGCCCAGAGCCGCUCCCGCCGCCACAGCCGCCCCCGUCGCCGCCGCCGCCGCCUCCGCCGAGGGAAGGGAAGCGUAUCGUAUGUCCGCUAUCCAGAACCUCCAGCCCUUCGACCCCUUUGCGGAUGCAAGUAAGGGUGAUGACCUGCUCCCGGCCGGCACUGAGGACUACAUCCAUAUAAGGAUCCAGCAGCGCAACGGCAGGAAGACCCUCACUACAGUCCAGGGCAUCGCGGAUGACUACGAUAAAAAGAAACUGGUGAAGGCCUUCAAGAAGAAAUUUGCCUGCAAUGGUACUGUAAUUGAGCACCCCGAGUAUGGAGAAGUGAUUCAGUUGCAGGGUGACCAGCGCAAGAACAUCUGCCAGUUCCUCGUGGAGAUUGGACUGGCUAAAGACGACCAGCUGAAAGUCCACGGGUUUUAAGUGCCUGUGGGCCACUGGAGCUUUAUGCAAGAAGAUAUCCUUACCAUGAAAUUCCCACCUGUCCCUUGUCAUAAGUUUAAAACCAGCCGGUUUGUGUAAUGUAACGAUCUUGGGUCCACUGUUGAGUCUGGACUGUUGUAAUUGGUGAUGUAAUAAACUGACACGAGCCCAUGCUA